AUGCGCUCCGUACGUUCAUCUGCAGCGCGCAGAAUCCGCGCAUCUAUCGCCGAGCCCACCACUUCCUCGUUCCGCACGCGACCAAGGGCAACACCGUGCAUGCUCUGCGCACAUCGCAUACCGCCCCAGACGAUAUCACGUCGAUUCCAAUCUUCAUCUUCCAGCUCGAACAAAGUCGAAAAGCCAUUCGAAACACAGCAAUCUUCCACAUCGCAAUCGCCGCAGGUUCCUCAAACACACUACUCCUUCUUCCCCAACUCCUUGCCAUCCGGCCCGCCUCCAAAUGGCCCCUUCGCCAUCGACCUCUCCGCUCUCAAGAAGGAAUUCCUCCAACUACAAGCCCGCGCCCACCCCGAUCUACACCCACAAGCCGACAAGAAACGCGCCGAAGCCCUCUCAUCACGCAUCAACGAGGCGUACAAAACACUCCAGAACCCGCUUUUGCGAGCGCAAUACCUGCUAUCCCUGCGCGGAAUAGAAGUAGCAGAAGACGAGACAGCAAAGGUAGAAGACCCAGAGCUGUUGAUGGAGGUCCUGGAUGCCAGAGAGAGCAUAGAGGAGGCAGAAAGCGAAGAAGAUUUGGUGGAGAUGCGGGAGCGGAAUGAAGAGAGGAUAGCGGAGAGUACGGAGAUAAUCGAUCAGGCAUUUAAGAGGGAUGAUUUAGAGGCGGCGAAGAGCGAGGCGGUUAAGCUGAGGUAUUGGGUCAAUAUUAAAGAAAGCAUUGAGAACUGGGAGAAGGGGGCGCCGGUUGUGCUGCAGCAUUAG